UCUAUAUAAAUACUUCUGCGUCAUAAUCACAAUACCUACAAAGUGACACUAGAGAUAUGCCAUAUGAUAUUGAACCAUUGUAUACGAUCGUCUUAAAUUAUUAAAUGGAAUUUGAAGACAGGAUUGCUCGAGUUCAGUCGCGUACGGAGAUCGCGUGGGCUUAGGUCCUGUAGAGAUGUAACGACCAGUUAUAGACUAAUUUUCCAAUAAAAAUAAAUAAUACGGCUCAGGAGCGGUCAAAAUAGUGACCAUUUACGCGUGUUCAACCGGUCGAAGCGCGGGGCCGCGCCCUCGUCCUGAGUGACGUAUUCCCGUUCUAUUUUUGAAAUUUUCCCGCCAAAGUUUUCUUCAUAAAGCAAAUGGCUUUUUCGAUGGUCGGCACGGUCGUUGAAUAUUCAACCAGCAAUUUGCUGAUAAAAAAUUACGCUUACUAACUUGUGUAACAGACGUUAAUAAUAAAGACUAUCACAGUGGAUCCUUUUGUGAAGAGAAAGAUGAAAAUUUUCAAAAAGAAGCUCCGUUUUUCAAUACCUUCGAAUUAUGUAUGAAGUUAACGCACUUUAAUACUGUAAUAGUGGAAGGUUGUUUAAACAUUUGUCUAAUCUCACAUAUCAGCAGCGACUGCAAAUAUCAUCUAUAAUUGUUAUUGAAGAUUUGCCAAAAUGUAUAGGAGUAAUGUGAACAGUGUCAUAUCAGCGUUCGUAGUUAUAUUAAUAUGUAUUACAGGCAUAAACACACAGACUGACGUAGUUACAACAACAGAUGAUCCCCUAGAACUUACAACACUUGAAAAUAACUUCACUCAAGCUAAUUUAAACAAUAGACAAUCUAGAGAAAAUAAUUCCAGUCUGGACGAUAUUGCGAUAACCCAAGAUGAAGUAAACGAUUCUCCUGAAAUCCAUGACGUUAAAGUACUAACCGAACAAGUCAGGCCAGAAAGUGCUUCCAGAGUAAUAAUGCCAAUAAAUUUUAAUGGUACUAUUAAUAAAAUAAUUUACGAUGGAGAAUCCGCAAUAGAUAGAAGUAUUCCUAGGCAUAUAGCAAAAGCAGUAGUUGAAAGAAAAUCUAGUAAGCGAGCCGAAAUCAGAGCACAUGUGCAAUAUGAUGAAGUCACUGGUGAAUUGAUAGGCGGUGAUCAUCCUUGCCAUAGAGAUUGUAGGGAGGGUGGAAAAGCAAUGAUUUGUUACUAUCAUUUCCAUUUAGAAUGGUACCAGACCAUGAGCAAGGCUUGUUUUGAUUGUCCAUACAAUUUAACUGAUUGUUCGAGGCAAGACUGUAUUCCGGCUGACGGAAUGAAUAGACCAUUGAACGUCAUUAAUAGAAAAAUGCCGGGACCAGCUAUAGAGGUCUGUCAGUACGACCGGAUUAUUGUCGACGUGGAGAAUGAUUUGAUGACAGAAGGCACCACAGUCCACUGGCAUGGGCAGCAUCAGAAAGGAUCGCCCUAUAUGGAUGGCACACCAUACGUGACACAGUGUCCUAUAUUGCCUGAGAGUACAUUCAGAUAUCAGUUCAACGCAUCCCAUGCGGGUACACACUUUUGGCACUCGCACUCAGGUAUGCAACGGGCUGACGGCGCGGCUGGGGCUUUCAUAGUGAGGAAACCCAAGUCACAAGAUCCCCAUGGCAAUUUGUAUGACUAUGAGAGAUCAGAACACGUGAUGAUUGUUACCGACUGGAUACACGAGCUGUCAGUGGGCAUGUUCACCGAUCACCAUCACUCGCAAGGUGAUAACAAACCACCCACGUUACUUAUAAAUGGCGUUGGAAGAUUUAAAGUUUUUAAAAACACCACCACCACGAAGCCUUUGUAUAUGAGAGCGGCAACAUUUAAUGUCGAACAAGGCUACAAGUAUCGUUUUCGAGUAAUAAACGCGGAAUUCCUGAAUUGUCCCAUAGAGUUGUCUGUGGACGGUCAUAACAUCACUGUGAUAGCUUCCGAUGGUUACGACCUGGAGCCAAUUGUCGCAACCUCCUUGGUGACCUACGCUGGAGAGCGCUAUGACUUUGUACUUGAUGCCAACAAUGAGAUUGAUAAUUACUGGAUUCGAUUCCGUGGUCUUAUGGACUGCGAUGAACGAUUCACAAAAGCAAAACAAGUGGCGGUACUUCAUUACGAAGGGGCGAUGGAGAUGGAACCGGAAGGAGACCCGACGUGGGAGGAGCUCCACAACGACGGAUUACAACUAAACGCUUUGAAUAAAGGAGAAGAAGAAAAUGAAACUAUAAGUGUAGCAGAGAUGAAGUCACUUGCGGGUUACGAUGACUCAUUAAAAGAAGUAGCUGAUUAUCAAUUUUAUGUAGCGUACGAUUUCUAUGCCAAGAAUAAUUCGCAUUUCCACAAGUCACCUUACUAUGGAUAUUAUCAAGUACCGCUGAAAACCAAUCGUCUGUACACUCCUCAACUUAAUCACAUCAGUAUGAAAAUGCCUUCGAGUCCAUUACUCAUUAGUAGACCAUCACCAGAAAACUUCUGCAAUUCGUCUAGCAUUGACGACAACUGUAAGGAAGGUUACUGUGAAUGUUCUCAUGUAUUGUCCGUCAGAUUAAAUUCCGUUGUUGAAAUUAUUAUCCUUGAUGAGGGAGUAACGUUCGAUGCCAAUCAUCCUUUCCAUUUACAUGGACAUAGCUUUAGGGUAGUCGGUAUGAGACGAUUGGCCAAUGAGACGACAAUAGAAGAAGUGAAAGCAUUUGAUAAAGCUGGCUUAUUGAAAAGAAACCUUAAAAAUGCACCAAUAAAAGAUACAGUUACAGUACCUGAUGGAGGUUACACAGUCAUCAGAUUUAAAGCAGAUAAUCCUGGAUAUUGGUUAUUCCAUUGUCACAUUGAAUUCCAUGUUGAGAUUGGAAUGGCUUUAGUAUUUAAAGUUGGUGAUCAUAACGAUAUGCCUCCAGUCCCGCCUGCUUUUCCUAGGUGUGGAAAUUAUAUGCCAGAUAACAUGUUAGAACAUGCCACUACUGAAAAACCAAAGGAUGAAAACUCAUAUAUAUCUAUAACACAUUGGUGGCCUGUAGUUGUUUUGAAUUCAACAUCCUCAUCUAGUUCUUCAAAUUGUUUAUUUGGACUUAUAUUAUUAUGUAGUGUUUGGGUAUUAAAACUGAAUAGUGCAAUGUAAUUUAUAACAAACUCGAAAUUAUUAAUUUAGUUUAAUUUAUUGAGAUUACUGCGUUGAAUUAAUUUUGUCGAAUUUGUACUUACAACAAUGUAUUUAUUUUAAUAAUGCAUUUUCAAACUGUUACUCAUUUAUUUAUUGGACCGUACUUAUGUUUCUUUGUAUUUAUAUCGAGAUUAUGUUAGUAUUUAUUUACUAAAAUGAUGAAACUGUAAUUAAUAAUGUUGACCUACAUGUCUGUGAUUAUUAUAGUUAAACUGCUUGCCAAAAAUGUUUUAUAUAAUUUUCUAUCUGUGAAAAUUGUCGCUGGUGAUAUGUGAUAUUACUUAGUUAAGUUAGUUUUAAUGUAUUGUAACUUUAGUAUUUUAUAAGCAAAAAUAAGUACAGUUAUUGCAUACU